GAAUAAUAUUAUCUAAAUUAUUUGCUCCUCAAUUUGGAUUGUGGCAGCUAAUGCAGAAAUGACUGGGGAAAUUAAAUUAGUUCUGCGGAAAGACAGUAGAACGGAAGGAGACACGUUUUAUGUAGAAAUUGUGCAAGCCAGAAAAAUAACAUACAAGUUCAAAGUAACAGAUCACCUUCCAGAUUUGUAUGUCAAGGCAUAUCUUAUCGUUGGCAAUAAACGAAUCUCUAAGAAGAAAACAAGAAUAUGCAAACAUGAUUUAGAGCCGACAUUUAGUGAGACAUUUCAGUACAAUACAAACGUCAAAGGACUAGCAUUACAGAUAAUGCUGUGGGCGGAUGGGGGAAGAUUUGGUCGCAACUUAUUAAUAGGCGAGGCAUUGGUAUGGUUGGAUACGGUUAAUUUCACUCAAGGAGCAGUAGAUGGAUGGUACAAACUUUUUCUUUCCCCGUUGUCUCCGUCAAAAUCAACAGUACGUACACCGUAACAGUGCUCCAGUUUCGAUAUUGGUAGGGUUAACUGCAACGAUCUUGAGAUCUUCAUUCAGC